AGACACUGCCAGGCUCUGGCUAUAAAACCCUCUCAGGAUGAGGCCAGUGUCCUGCCCUGAUCUGGACAGUACCUCCUUCCUCUGUGCCAGGACGCCGUCAGGACAGGCAGCAGACGAGCCUCCAACAUGAACGACAUCUACAAAGCAGCGGUCGAACAGCUGACAGAUGAGCAGAAAAAUGAGUUCAAGGCCGCCUUUGACAUCUUCGUGCAGGAUGCGGAGGACGGCUGCAUCAGCACCAAGGAGCUGGGGAAGGUGAUGAGGAUGCUCGGCCAGAACCCAACACCGGAGGAGCUGCAGGAGAUGAUUGACGAGGUGGAUGAAGACGGAAGCGGCACGGUGGACUUCGACGAGUUCCUGGUCAUGAUGGUGAGGUGCAUGAAGGACGACAGCAAAGGGAAAUCAGAGGAAGAACUGGCAGAGCUUUUUCGCAUGUUUGACAAGAACGCAGAUGGUUACAUAGACCUGGACGAGCUGAAGAUGAUGCUGGAGUCUACAGGAGAGGCGAUCACUGAGGACGACAUCGAGGAGCUGAUGAAAGACGGGGACAAGAACAACGAUGGCAAAAUCGACUAUGACGAGUUCUUGGAGUUCAUGAAGGGAGUGGAGUAAUCCUGAAUAAGAGACGACCCAGAGUGUUAUUUUUGUAUUUCUCUCACGGCCAUCUGCUGGAAAAACUGGAAUCUGACUUUGGAUGCCACCGAGAGAUCCUUGGGGACGACUUUGCAAGAUUUAGUCAAAUACUGUAUCAGAAUGUUUCCUGUAUUUUUCUACCAUCUCUUGCAUUGUUGUAAAUACAGAUCGUAACUACUUUUGGUUCCCAUGUAAACUGAAUUUGUGUAAAUGUAUCCAAAUUACUUGUAUUUUCUAGAGAGGACACACAGUUUUAAAUAUCAUUUUUAAAAAUCUUAUCUCAGCCAGUUUACACAUCUCCUUCAUGAGAGGCUGACACGGUUUACCUGUGCAGAAAAUGAACGAGUGCACAAAGCAGAGCCUAUUUUCGUUUUCAAGCAGUAUACUCGAUAAGGUCUGUGUACUGUGCACGUUACGGUCAGCACAUCAUACACAACUCAACAAUUUUAAAGACACCCUCAGGACUUUUUAUUCCCCUCUCCUGUCCCUGACGGCCACAGCGUCUGCAUAUUGCUACACGACAUUGGAAUGUGCGCUCGUGUAAUAAACAAGAUGCAUUUGUCAAAACAA